GGAGGGGUGAGGCAGUGAGAGAGAAACCGAAAGCAACUUUAAUCUGACGCCAUUACAAACAGAGGGAAGAGUUCAGACAUCAGCGCUUUGGAUUCACUCGGACUGGAGAUCCUGAUAAAGACAGAGCUGAACUUCUCUACCUGAAGACUCUGAAAGACUCUGAAAGACUCUGAACUCUGAUCUCAGAAUCAGGAAUGAAGUUUCUUUGUGUGGGAAUACUGAUUUUCUCUGGCUUUAUGGAGACCAUGUCAGAAAACUUUAAGGUAGUUGGCCCAGCUGCUCCUCUUGUUGCUGAAGCUGGUGAAGAUCUGGUUUUGCCCUGUUCUCUCCAACCCAACAUCAGUGCUGAGGAUAUGAUGGUUGAGUGGAUCAGAGCAGAUCUGACUGAUACUGUCAAUCUAGUGCAUCUCUAUGAAGAUCAUGCAGACAGAUAUUAUGACCAGAUUAAGUCUUAUAGAGGAAGAACAGCUUUAUUUAAAGAAGAACUGCAGAAGGGCAACACCUCAUUGAAACUCUCAGUGGUGCAGACGUCUGAUGAGGGAGUUUACAAGUGUUUAGUAAAAUCAGCAUCCUGGUAUGAUGACACCACUGUUGAUCUUGUUCAGGUUAAAGUACGUUUACAAGUAGUUGGCCCAGCUGAGCCUCUUGUUGUUGAAGCUGGUGAAGAUCUGGUUCUGCCCUGUUCUCUCAUACCCAGCAUCAGUGCUGAGGCCAUGAUGGUGGAGUGGAUCCGAACAGAUCUGACUGAAAUUGACAGUUUAGUACAUCUCUAUGAAGAUCGUGCAGACAGAUACUAUGAUCAGAUGGUGUCUUACAGAGGAAGAACAGCUCUAUUUAAAGCAGAACUGCAGAAAGGAAACACUUCACUGAAACUCUCAGCAGUGCAACCUUCGGAUGAGGGAGCUUACAAAUGCAUAAUUCGGUACAGGUCCUCAUUUGAUGAUAUACCUCUUUAUGUUGAAGUUAAAGAACAAAGUUUUCACGCCUGGAAGAUUGCUAUCGUCUGCUUUUUUGUUUUUGCUGUUAUAUUAGGUGCCUUAUCAGCUUACAUCUUGAAAGAUGCACGCUCAGAAAAGGAACGCUCUCCUGCACAAUGCUCAGCUGUAGCCUACAUGCGUCUUAAAUCACAAUAUGUGCGUGAAGAGUUGGACCUGAAGAAAUACAACACAUCAGAGGAGGGUUACAGAAGACUCAUCCCAGCUAUGACAAACUGCAGAAAGGCUAAAUUUGCUGGAUGUAACCUCUCUGUACAGUCCAUUAAAACUUUGAGUGCAGCUCUACAAACAGAAAACUCCUCUCUGAAAGAAUUGGACGUCAGCAACAAUAAGCUACAGGAUUCAGGUGUAGAGCUGCUCUCUGCUGGACUGAAGAGUUCACACUGUAAACUGGAGAUACUCAGACUAGCUUUGUGUCGUUUUGGGGGAAAGUCUUGUGAAAAUCUGGGAUCAGUUUUACAAACAGAAACCUCCUCCCUAAAAGAGCUGGACAUCAGUAACAAUGAGCUUCAUGAUUCAGGAGUGGAGCUGCUCUCUGCUGGAAUGAAGAGUUCACACUGCAAACUGGAGAUACUCAGACUAGCUUUGUGUCGUUUUGGGGGAAAGUCUUGUGAAAAUCUGGGAUCAGUUUUACAAACAGAAACCUCCUCCCUAAAAGAGCUGGACAUCAGUAACAAUGAGCUUCAUGAUUCAGGAGUGGAGCUGCUGUCUGCUGGACUGAAGAGUUCACACUGUAAACUGGAGAUACUCAGACUAGCUUUGUGUCGUUUUGGGGGAAAGUCUUGUGAAAAUCUGGGAUCAGUUUUACAAACAGAAACCUCCUCCCUAAAAGAGCUGGACAUCAGUAACAAUGAGCUUCAUGAUUCAGGAGUGGAGCUGCUCUCUGCUGGACUGAAGAGUUCGCACUGUAAACUGGAGACACUCAGAUUAUCAGGAUGUAUGGUCAGAGAGGAAGGCUGUUCUUCUCUGGCUUCAGCUCUGAGUUCAAACCCCUCAUACCUGAAAGAACUAGAUUUGAGCUAUAAUCUCCCAGGAAAGUCAGGAGUGAAACUGCUCUCUGCUAGACAGCAGGAUCCACACUGCUCACUCAAAACACUCAGAGUGGAACAUCAGGGUGAGAUGAGAAUCAGACCAAAGAAAUGUAAGUACAAACACACAACACUAACAAUAUAUGGGGCCAUUUUGGGUAAAAUACACUAAAACACUUGCACACACCGCUGAAAUACUUGGACAUACACACAUGCCUGGAAGUCAUCACACAGUAACAGGAAGAUAUAGUUUUACAAAUCAAGACCAUGCUCAGCAGCACAAAGAAAAGGGUUUCUGGAAAAAAAUAGGGUAAUUCAUCCUGUAUGAAAAUUCAUCAGAACACUGAGCCACCAGGAUUUGUUGGGAAUAUUCUCACAGUUCUAACAACAAAUCCUGGUGGCCCAUGGUUCUGAUGCUGUCUUUGGCCUGCAAACUGUUGUAAAAGGAGAAUUAGAUGCUGAUAUAAUGACUCCAGUGGAGUUGUACAUUCUCUUACUGCAGGCUCUUCUCCACCCUGAACUACAGUUAUGAUGGAAUGAAUGGCUUUGUGUGGUCUUCCAGUUCAGUAAGAGUCUGUCUAGAAGGGCAUCUUGUACGGUUCUA